CGCUUGUUGCUAUAGACACCGGGUUCGUUGCUAAGGGUAACGACCUGGGGAAAAUAACUACUUCCGGGUCAAGAAAGUCAACCGAUUUCCACGAAAAGCCACAGGUCUGCUGCUGUGGAGAGACAAAUGGAAAUGAUGAUUGGGGAUGAUAGGAGUGAGGUGAAUCUUGUGACGAAGAAGAAGAAAAAACAGAAGAAAGCACAAGCCUCUGAGCCUGAAAAUCCAACAGAGGUGAAAAAAGAAAGGAAGAAAAGCAAAAAAGAUGAGACAGUGGUUAUAGAAGAUGAGUCGAGGGAUGGAGGUGAUGAAAAGAAACAUAAGAAGAGGAAAAAUGUCAACAAUUCUCUGAAUGAUGCAGGAGGUUCUGAUGCCAUGGAAACGGCAAAGGAAGGAGUCAAGAAGAAGAAGAAGAAGAAGCAGCAGCAGGUAGAUUAUAUAAACAAUGUGGAAAUUGCACAGAGUUCACGUAAAAAAGAAUUGGAAAAGAAAGAAGAAGAACAGACGGCUGGAAAGGAUGAAGAGCCAAAGAAAGCUAAGAAAAGAAAAAACAAUAUUUUGUCUGUAAACACAGAAGUGACUGAAAAGCAAAGUAAAGGAAAGAAAAAGAAGAAAAAGAAAACCUCAGAGGAAGAAACGACUGUAGCUAUUGAUGAAGUGACUACAACGAAAAAGAAGGCUGUAGUGGGCGAGAAUGAACUGAAGCUAGAAACGACAGCAGCAGGAGGGACUGAGGGUGAGGAGGUAACGGUGAAGAAGAAGAAGAAGAAGAAGAAGAAGAACAAGAACAAGGCCGAAAAUGGAGUCGAAACAGGGAGCAAAGCCAAAAAGACAGAAACAGACAGUAUGCUGGAUGAGAGUGGGAUUAUUUUAGAGGAAGAGAAGACGGAGCAAAAUAAAAAAGGAAAAGGUAGGAAAGCUUCUGUGGAGGUCACCGAAGUAGAAGAUAUAGAGCCAAAAAAAAAGAAGAGGAAAAAGGGAAGCUCAAAGGGAGAGGAAGAGCGGCCAUUAAUCAAAUGUGAAGAGAAUGAGGAGGCCGGUGACACAACAAGCAAGAAAAUCCAAAAGAAGAAGAGCUCUGCUGAGGUGACACAGACGGAGAAAGAGGUUGAAGUUGAAACUGGUGCAAAGAAGAAGAAAAAGAAAAAAAUCGAAGAGGAGGCCCCUCAGAUGGACGAGGUGUUUUUAUCAGAGAAGAGUGGAAACAAGGAGAGAAGACCGGUGCUGCAGAUGGAGAAUGACAAGGCCUCUCAACCUGAAAACCCAGCUCAACCAUCGGGUUUGGGUCAGUGGAGCACCGCACGGUUCAAUAGCUCUGACCAGCAGCAGAAGUUCCUCCGUCUGAUGGGCGGCUUCAAAAAGGGCUUCCAACCUGCUGCGGCGAGCACUGAUGGAGCAAAUAUGGCGAUGGGGCAAGACGCACAGCAGCAGCUGCAACAAGGGCUUCUGGGAGAGUUUGAGCGUGCUCACACGCGCAGAAUGGACUUCAGUAACAAAGGGGCAGGGCUUGGGUUUUCUGCACCGUCCAAUAAGAAGUUCUCUAUUGACAUCAACACAAGUCGAUCGAUUCGCUUUGAUGAUUAACAUAAGUGUGAUCAAAAGUCAUUUUUGUGCAUGUUUACUUUUAUGUAUGGAUUCAUACUUUGCUGUCUGCUAAGGUCGACUGGAGAACCUUUUAACUUGUGGAGAUGUGAUCCUCAGCCAUUGAACACAAGACCAAACGCCAUUUGUACAUGCUGUAUAGUAAACUUCCUCUUCCUAUAGGAACGGGACUGUUAUCACAUAUGAGAUAAGAACCACUUUAAAUUUAUGCAAGGUCAAAUCUCACUUUGUGAAAAAUGUCGAUCUUGUAAUUUCAGAUUUUAUAUAUUAGUCGAAAUUUGACAAAUUAUUUUUAUAAUAGCAAGUGACUACAAUCUGCAGAUACCACAUUGAUUUUACCUGUUACAUUUAAUAGUUCGGCAUUUUGUUUUCAAAAGGUGACAAAUGUGUUAAUAUUAAAUCAUGUGUAGAAAAACCAAAACAAAUGCUUGUUUUUGUGGGUUGAGUGGAUGUAAGGAUCUGUUAACGAACUGAGGAAAUCACAAGUGCAAAAUAACAUCACUUAAACCAUUCUGUAUAAAAAUAAACUUGCUAUCAUUGUUUCAUUUUA